UCUAUCCCUCAGACGCAAGUUCAGCAGAAGCGGAUACAGAUACAUUGCAUCCUCUCAUCGUAGCUUCUCUUUCUUUUCCCUUCCUCUAUCUCAAUUAACGAAAUCCUCUUCUAACCCUAACUCACUUCCGAUUUCUACCAGUCGCACUUCGAAUGAAAUCAAACUGCAAAACCCUAGAUAACGACAUUUGAUCGAGAAUUUCAGCGAAGGCGAAGAAUUAGUCUUGUAAGUUUGUAGGUUGCGUAGUUGCCUUGUUUUUCAGGCUAAUUUGCAUUAAAUUUCAGUUAUGUUUUGUAUACGUUUACUAUACACUAAAUCACCACAAUUGCUAUCUCCUAUUUCGAGAAAUUUUUGUGAUGUGAGGUCCCUAUUUCGGUUUAUUCAAUGUCCACCUGUUAUUCUAAUUACCAGAUAUUUCUCAUCAGAUAACCAUAAAAUUAUACAGACCUCUUUUACAGUGUCUUACCUCAUAAAUUCAUGUGGGUUGUCACGGGAAGCCGCUAAUUCUGCUUCCAAGAAAGUGCAACUUUUAACCCCAGAAAGACCAGAUUAUGUCCUUGCCCUUCUCAGCAAGCAUGGUUUCUCCAAUUUCCAAAUAACUAAAAUGGUUAAGAGACGGCCAAACCUUCUUUUAGCUGAUCCUGAGAAAACUAUUCUUCCUAAGCUUAACUUUUUCUCUUCUAUUGGUAUGGCUGGCCCAGACAUUGCAAAUGUCAUAUCUUCAUGCCCAUUAAUAUUAACAUGUAGCUUAAGAAAUCGAAUUAUUCCUGUUUAUGAAUUCCUCAAGUGUGCUUUGCUAUUUGACGAUGACUUGCUCAUUAAAGCUAUGAGUAAGCCAUCCAGAAAUUUUCUACAGGAUGUGGAAAGUGUUAGUGCUCCUAAUUUAUUGGUUUUGAGAGAAAUUGGAAUGCCACAAUCCGUUAUCCAGCUUAUAUUGAUCCAUUAUUUUAAUUUGCUAUGCUGUAAUGUUGACAAGUUCAGCAAUAAGAUCAAAGAGGUUAUUAGUAUGGGAUUCUGCCCUAGAGAAACGAAGUUUGUCCAUGCUCUUGGUGUACUUGUCCAAUUAUCUGAAUCAAAUUUCCAAGACAGAAUUGAGGUUUAUGGAAGACUUGGCUGGUCUAAAGAUGACAUCUUGUCAGCUUUCAAAAAGCACCCUAAUUUCAUGAAAUUUUCUGAGAAGAAAAUAAUUGCUGCGGUGGAUUUUCUCAUUAAUGUGAUGGGUAUGAAGCGAUCAGAACUAGCUGCAUAUCCUUACUUUUUUUCUUACAGUUUGAAGAAGAGAAUCAUUCCCAGAGCUUUAGUUAUUAAAAUUUUGAUGUCCAAAGGUGUAAUGGAGAAAAACUUGCGCUUCCAUAGUGUGCUGAAAUUAAGUGAGAAAUGCUUCUCAGAAAGGUAUGUGGAGAAACACCUGGAGAAUAUUCCUUAUUUGCAGGAUGUCUUUGAAGGUAGGAUGUGUCCUCAAGAGCUAGGCUUUCAAUAUGGGCUCUAACAAUGUUGAGUUUGGGCAUGUGUGUGGUUAUUUUUUUCUUCCCUGUUUUUUUCUUAUCUUCAUAGAUUCUGCUAUAGCUUAACUACCAAAAAUUUGGUGAACUGAUGUAUUUGAUUCCACAUGAGAAAUCUUCUCUCAAGAAACCAUUUGAGUUUUCACAUUCUAAUAUGACCCAUUUUGAAAUAAUGCAGAUGCUAUAAAUAUUUCUUUUUAUUUUCC